AUGUCACGCCCUGAAGACAUCCUCCCUCCAGAUCUUUACUACAAUGACAACGAGUCAAGGAAGUACACCACUUCCUCUCGUAUCCGCAAUGUUCAAGCCGAGAUGACCCACCGUGCUCUCGAACUUCUCGACCUAAAGUCUCCAUCCCUAAUACUGGACGUGGGUUGCGGUUCUGGGCUCUCCGGUGAGAUAUUGUCAAAUGUGCCGCCAGAAGCCGGCGGGCCACAUACCUGGAUCGGAAUGGACAUAUCCCCGAGCAUGCUCGACAUAGCCCUGCAACGGGAGGUAGAAGGAGACUUAUUCCUUGCUGAUAUUGGUCAAGGGGUGCCUUUCCGGCCUGGCACAUUCGACGCAGCUAUCAGCAUUAGCGCCAUUCAAUGGCUGUGUAAUGCAGAGUCAAGCGACGUGAGUCCAGAAGGUCGCUUGCGCCGUUUUUUUGACGGACUCUAUGCAAGCCUGCGUCGCGGUGGACGCGCUGUCUGUCAAUUCUAUCCUAAGAAUGAUGAACAGCGGAACCUGAUAAGCGGCGCUGCAAUCAAGGCAGGUUUCGGUGCUGGUAUUCUGGAAGACGACCCAGGGACGAAAAACAGCAAGCUUUACCUAGUCCUAACUGUAGGUGGUGGUGGCUUGCAAGGUGAUAUAACAGGCGUCGUGGAAGGCAUGGAUAACGUCGAUGUCCUCGAUGCUAGGAAAAAGGAGAGCAACAAAUCCAAACAAGCGCAGGAAAGAAAGGGUAGCAAGGCCUGGAUUUUGCGAAAGAAAGAACAGAUGGCAAGGAGAGGAAAAAUUGUCAAACGCGACUCGAAAUACACUGGUAGGAAGAGGCGGCCCGUGUUCUGA